ACUCAAACACUCUCGCGCUUCAAAGUUCCCUUUGAUCUGGACCGCUGGUCGUCGGUGAAAACGCAGAAGGGAAACAUUAUUUUACCGUGGUUGCUGCUGUGCGAAAGAAAUUGGCGCGGAAUUAGGAGCACUGCGCAAACAAGAUAGAUGUGAACGUUGAUGGGAUGAGAUGGUCAUGUGGUGUAGAAGGAAGAAGGGACACAGACAUCGGAAUGCCACAGGCUGUCUCGCCGCUGCUCUUCCUUCUGGUGCUCGUAGGAUAUGCUAUUGCAGGGCUCAGCAUAUGGCCCUCAUUCCAUGUUGCCCUUAGUAACGGGAGUGUAUUUGUGGACUUCAACGCCAAAUCCAAAAACAACACCAUCAGCAACAUAAGCCUCUCUCUAGUCAACAUGGAAACCAAUACCUCAGUUCUGUCCAGGACCCUCCCCAGCAACAAACUGGUCGGUAGGGAGGAGUUCAAUUGUUCCUGCUUCCUGUAUGCAGGAACUUUCCGCUUCCUGCUGAGGCAGACCAGCAUCACUGCUGUUUCUCAUGCUAACAGAACGGAUGUCAGCAGCACGGAGAGCUCAGCCUCCUGGUGGAGCUCUGAACUGCAAGUGCAGUGGCCCACUUUUCACAUUUCUGUGGAAAGAGCAGGAAACCAUUCCGAAUAUUUUCAGGUUGGGUUAUCCACUAAUGAACACUUUCAGACUUGCUCCAGCGUCACUGACCCUGCCCUCUUUUUAGAAGUGAGUUACAUGGAACACAACCAGGUAGGACGAAACACCAUUGACAAAGUUCGAGCCCAAACACGGAAACCGAUCAAGCCCCUUCGUUCGCAGAGUGUUGAGCUACCCUGUGCUUUCCCCUUCACUGAGAGAGACUUCAUAAGAGUGGCUCUAGAAUCCCCUCAUACAGUCCAAGAAGUAAAGACCUCUGGACCUCUUUAUCUGUCCCGUAUUUUCUCCUACAAACUACUUGUGGACAACGUAAAUGCCUAUAAAAGUGGUUGCAUGGGCACAAUGACUGUUAAGAUGAUAACCCCACCAUGUACUCAUGUCAAUGGGAAAAUACUGCUGUAUAAUGCAGGUCUAGGAAGGGGGGUUGAUAGUACCUCCCCUGUGAUGGGGUUUGGACCAGAGGAAUCUUCUUCUUCUCCGAUGGCAUUUAACUGGCUCACAGAAGAGGAAAAUGAGACUGAAUUCAACUGCUCUGUUUUUUACCCAGGAAGACAUAAGUACUGCUUCCGCUUUGUUUUCAACGUCAGUCGCUCCCCUAGUCCAGCACAUACAUGUCUGGUGGUUUACAGAAGUACAGAAUCUUGGGGGCCGUGGCAACCAUGGAGUGUUUGCAGUGUGAGUUGUGGAGAGGGAGUGAGGGAAAGAGUACGUGAGUGUUUGCUGCCUUCUGGUGUGCAAGGCAUGCAGUGCACUGGCAUGAUGAAGGAACAGUCUCUAUGCUCCCUGGAGGACUGUAACAUGUUACCUUCUCCAUCUCCAACUCUGCACUCUGUACCAGGCGGAGAAUCCCCCCUUGGUGGAAACAUGAUUGUGGUUCUGGGUAUUUCCCUCUGCUUGGCAGUGAUUAUGGCAACUGUUGUGGUGUCUGUGUGGAGAAAGCUUUGCCAGACUCCUCAGUGUAGCUCGGUCCACAGAGGCUCCGUUCAUUCACCUGGGGGGCGCAAACUUUCAGAUGAGGCCUCCAUCUGUGGCCACAGCCUCCAAAGGCCCAGCGUAUCUGAUGGUCAUUGCCCAUCAGGGGCAGUCAUUUCCCAGAAAGAGAGACCCUCACUGGGAGCUCAGCCUCUCUCACCACAGCCACUGGUGAUCCCACUUUCACAGGAUCCAGAAAGGCUGUCUCCCACAGGUCAGAAGGUGUUGCCACCAGUAUUUGGCUACCGCUUGGCUCAGCAACAACUGAAAGAGAUGAAGAAGCAGGGGUUAAAAGAGGCCACGCAGCUGUACCACGUCUCUUCAAGCCCUGUCCAUGACACUGUGGUAGAAUCGUGUGCCUCACCCACCACCUCCCCAAUUCCUUCACCUACUGGAUUUGCUUGUUCUACUCUUCCUUUAUGUUUGCAGGACAAUGGUAAUCAAAGCCAUUUUUGUACAUCAACUCCCUUGUCUGAGCUUUCACAACAGACAUUGGGGGUCACAUCAGACAGACUGAGUCCUAGAGUGGAAUUAGUUUUGGGUCCUCCUUCUGUCUCUGGGAGGAGCUCUAAAUGGCGUGAUCGCACGGCUGACUGGGUGGAGAUGGUAGAGAGGAGUAAGAUGCCAGGUCUUAGGGGAGGAGGAGAUGCAGCACCAGGAAAUAGUUACCACAAGAAUCCAAACUUCAGACGGACCUCAAGCUUUAAUGACACCAAACUCCUUUCGACUUCUUCAGCUCAGUCCAUGCAGUUUAGAGAAAGGAGCAUGACCCAGGUGGGAUCUCGGACACGUCCAGAAGGAAGUUCUUCCACCAAAGGGAAAUGGGAGAGACAGCCUCACCCCUCUUACCCCAUCCCGGAGCACAGAGUCUCAGACUGGAGUACAACCAGAGCCCAGAGUAAUGACCAGAGGAAGGCUUGGGUGGAGACAGCAGCUUCUUCACGUAAUAAUCAAGUCAAACACACUGGAACAAACACAAACAACUUUUCAAUAUCUGAGAAAAAUGCUAAAGACUUUAGUGGAACUGGGGAAAGAAAGAGGCUUGCCGACCCUGGAGGCAGAGUUGCAGAGUUGGUCUCUGGUAUCGGCGGUCCAUCCCUUACACGUCCCUGGUCUCAGGAAGUGAACCAGCUGGGUGUAGGCCGAGCUGAGUGGGCUGAGCAGAACUGGAACCGCCGAGGCCCAUCGCCCAUCCAGAGGAACAUCCUAGCUAGAAAACUGAAAGAGGCUCAGUCCUGUUCUGGGGCCAAAGGACGCCAGCGAAGCUCCAGCUUUAAUGUCUCAUCAUCUGAUCAAAGGAAAGAUUGGUGCCACUCUCUGCCAAUGUCUAGGGACCAGAACCUCAGUGGUGGCUCCCCUUACAGGCUGAGUGAGGCGGAAAAGAGGAUGCUCGACUUGGAUCUGUCCACGGUCUUUGUACACGAGAAUGAGUAGAAAAUCAGUUAUCGCACUACCAUGUUAAAAUGUUUUCAUAUGUUAGAAAAACAAAAGUAGAACAACAAGCGACUCAUUUUUUUUAUUUUAUUUUUUUAUAGAUUGGUUGUAACAUUUCCCAGGUAUGAUGAGCCUUUUCACUUUUCUGCAAAGGUCAAACACAAGCUAGAUCAGCAACAGUAUUCAAAAUGCAACAGAAAAAGGGUUUAUGUAAACUUUAAAUCUACAGUUUUAGUCAUGCUGUGAAGUCACAAUGUUUAUUAUAGUAAGAAUUAUGGCAUUUUCUGCUCCUCGGGGACCUUUAAAAUUGGGAUUCUAAUUUGUGUAGAAAUGGGCAGUUCUAAUGAUAUGUGCACAGGUUAUAGUAUUAAACAAGAAUUGUGUUUAUAUAUAUAUAAAUAUAUACAUAUAUAUUUUUUUUAUGUAUACAUUUUUUUCACAUUAAAACCACAAACUUUAUAGUA